CCAACACAGAAAUCCCCCGGAAAGGCGUUGAGGAAGCCGUCCGCGUGUUCCAUGCGAACUGGCGCACCUCGAGGGAAAUUUGUUAGGGGUCCAAAACCCAGGGGGUAGCACUGGUUCUUGGAGAUUUUGCUGACAUCCAAAAAUAUCAUAGUUCGACUGGUGUUUCGGGCGGGCGCAGGGUGCUUCCUAGCGCGGUGCUGGGGAGCAGGGGGUUUCGCUUAGAUAAUAGUGCCGCUCGCAGGCGGAGGCGGGUGUGCGAGGGUCCAACUUGCACUUGAAGCGUGUCACCAAGUCAUAAUGUGCGCUAACUGCUAUAGCUCCACGUUAACCCAGGUGCUGAUCCGACUAGCAUGACCAGCACGCCUAAAGCCUUCACAUCAGGCUGGGUUACUACAAUGUACAUUGUAGGUACGUACCACAACUGGUACCCCGGGCUUGGAAUGGAACCUGAACGUCAUCCUUGCCUUCGUCAGUGAGAACCACACACUGGCAGUAGUAGACAAACUCUACCUUAUUCUUACGACCGUCGACUCACCAUUCAUUCUACAAUCUGAUCUUCUAUCGUUACCAUGGCUUUCGCGCAAAACACAACCUCGCAUGGCUGAGCGACCCAGCCAUGGCCGCUAGACACGACAACUACUACCAGUAUCGAGUACAAUAUCAAUCUCAGCAUCGAUAAUAUCAGUUCAGUCUCCUCCCGAUCACUGACCAAUGCCACAAUGCGCCAAACCAGCGUCAAGACCAUUUUCGCUCUUCCGCCAGUUGACACUCGAUCAUUCACCACCUCAUGGCUUCUCCCACCUCUCCUCCUCGCAUUGCUCCGUCUUCUCGUCUUCAGCUACGCCCUGGCAACCCAACUAGCGAACUGGAUCUACGAUGGCACGCAUUCGGCCGCCCGCGACAUCGGCCGGGAGUUCAGCUACUUCACCGUCCUGACAUUCUGGGGAAUUCUGUUCUAUUAUCUUGUCGCCGGUGUGCAUACACUAGUAUACAGCCUGAGGGGCCGGGACUGGCUUGACCGCUGGCCCUCGGCGCUCCAGCAACUGCACUCCUUCUUCUACACAACGAUUGUGACUCUCCCGAUUCUUGUCACUCUUGUGUACUGGAUUGUGCUUUAUGACGGACCGUGGUUCCCCGUGAUAUUUGAUGGUUGGUCAAAUGUCUCUCGACAUGCUCUCAAUUCGCUGUUCGCACUACUCGAAAUCUUCCUUCCGGCCACACACCCUCCCCCGCUUCUGCAUCUGGUCGGUCUGAUCGUCUUACUAUUGCUUUACCUGGCGCUGGCAUAUCUCACGCACGCCACGCAGCAUUUCUACGUCUACGACUUUCUGGACCCGGACAACGGAUCGGGCAAAGUUACUGGCUACUGUUUCGGCAUUGCGGCUGCCAUCAUUGUGGUCUUUGGCGUCGUUUGGCUUCUCAUCUGGUUGAGGAGGAGAUUCACCAGAGAAGGGAAAUUAAGUAGACACGACAUUACGUGGCGUAACACGCGAACGGAUCCAGAGAUGGAAAUGGCCGCAGAUCCUAGUAUGAGCCGCGUAAAAUAGAACGGCUCGGAUUGGAUCGAGGAAGAGAGACUUGGAGCAUGUUUGGUCACUGUUUUGGUUCUGGCAAAGAGCAUACUGCUUGGUACAUUGUUGGAUAUUAACGCUCAACUUGCCUUUACAUAUAUCCAUCAAUAUCACAAGUUAUUAUUGUGCUUCCCCCUUGGUGGUUCGAAGCAAAUGAACUACAAUAUGCUCCAAUUCGAACGGGCCCAUCUCAAGCAAGAAUGAAAGGGAUGGCCAGCGUAAAGUUGCGGACGGUGCUCUGCUUGAGAUUACAGGGUGUUGGCCUAUUGUUUUACUGUACAUCGGUCGCUAAUGCCACA